GACAAAGAAGUGGUUUGGUUUGCAAUAUCCAUGUCAUCUGCAGAAUCUGACGGUGUCGGUGAUUGCCAGUUACAUCCCAGGAUUCUUAUAUGGCAACUACCCCACGGUAAUUGACCUGGUUGUAGAUCAAGACAGGGAUCUACUGUACGCACUCUACGACAACAACGAUGUGCAGGCGUGGAGGAUCACAGAAACGGCUGGCAGCGACUUAGAAGAUAUCGGCACCGUCAAGGGAUAUACUCUGGCUGCUGAAUGCAAGCAAUCCCGCAACGAAGAGCUGUCGAUCGCCUCACUGAACACCACACCGCCGCAGCCACCUCGGGGAAGCUACAUGGCUAAAUCAUCCACACCAUCACACACACAAGCACUCGCGCCCACACAGUCGUAUACCAAUGCACACACAUAUGCCCAUACACACACACACACACAUCCACAGCCACAACCCCUGCCACAGAACAACCCUGGGAGUACCGGCACAGGUGAUAGUAUCGACCUGAUUCUGGUAACUACCGAGGGACGUAGGCUGUAUUUAACUGCCACGCCGAAGUACACUCACACAAACACACACGCAUACAUACACACACAUACACCUGCACGGCACACGCUCGCACGCACGCACCGAGACACAGACUCGCACGCAGACACACACGCACACGAACCACUCAAUCGGCACCCCUACGCCCACACAAGCACAAAUACAGCCACGCCUCGUGGAUAUGAGAACAUGACUCAGAACUCGCUGAGCGACCUACAAUCUGACCCUUUAUCGACGAGUUUUGGCGCGAAAGUUCGGUACACCCGGCUGUCGCUUUUGAGAUAUUCGGUGUCUGCCCCACCAUCCUCUGCGACACUGUGUGUUGCGAUGGCUUACUGCAGUCCAGGCGCUUUCUUGAUCGACACAAACGCCGACCAAUUGGACGCCGGCGACGGAGUGACUGCCUCUCGCUCGGCCAAUCAAAAUGCUAGCAGGUCAGAUAUGAACUCUGGAAUGUCUGGCAACGCGUGGGAAGACGAUGAUGUAGCAGAAUUGACCGCACCAAAAGGGGCGCUGCUGUGUAUGGGAAAUGAAUACCUGAACGGACACUUUGGGACUGGGAAUGAAUUUCAGGAGG